UCUCAGGGAAAUGCCGCAAGGCUCGGCUGUGCCGUUCUCGGCGUUUCUGAGCCGGAGAUCAUCUGGAUGAAAGACGGAGAGAAACUCUACAGCACGGACCAGAUGUUCAUCACGCUGGGAGAGUCGCACUGGGAGACCUUCUACAGUGUGCGGUCUGUGCAGCAGCAUGAUGCUGGUCAGUACUGGUGUGAUGUCGAGUCUCAUGGCCAAACAUUUUCAUCUGAACGAGCCUGGAUCACUGUGGAAGGAGUUCCUCACUUUGUGGAGGAACCUCAGGAUGUGGCAACGCUCCCUAACGCUCCCUUUAACCUGACGUGUGCAGCAGUUGGCCCCCCAGAGCCUGUGGAGGUGGUGUGGUGGUUGGGCGGAGUCCAGGAGGGAGAGCCCCGCCCGUCCCCCUCAGUGCUUCACGUAACAGGUGUAAACGCCAGUUUGAAGUUUUAUUGUGAAGCCAAAAAUGCCAGAGGAAUCUCAGUGUCCCGGACAGGAAGUGUAAACAUCAAAGUGUUACCAGCGCCCCCCGUUGAGCUCCAGGUACUAAGGAUUGGCUAUGACAACGUCACGUUGGCAUGGAAACCAGGAUUCACAGGAUACUCUAAACUCUCUACCUGCAUUGUCCAGGUGUCUCAGCGCUCAGCCAGGAGGUGGGACCUCCCUCAGAGGGAGGUUGUGGUCCCUCCUCACCUUCUGGUCUUGUCUGGUCUGAGGAGUCACAGUAACUACAGCGUCAGAGUUUCCUGUGUCAACCAGGUAGGGGCGUCACCUUUCUCUCCAUGGCUGCACCUGCAGACACUGGAGUCAGUUCCAUCAUCUGCUCCAAGGAACCUCACGUUCUCACUGACAGAGAACCAGCUGACCCUGAGGUGGGCGGAGCUUCAGGAGGAGGAGCUCCAGGGGAGGCUACUGGCCUAUAAGGUGCAAUGGAUUCUGGGAGGAGAAGCACAGGAGCCGAUGCUGUUCAAGGAGUCAGUGGCUCAACUGUCAGGAAGUGGGCGUUUCUUUAACUCCUCCUUCCAGGUGGCGGCGUGUACGGUCGUGGGCUGUGGUCCAUGGAGUCGGCCUGUGCUGGUGCUGCCUGAAUCAGUUCAGGUCCCCAUCCAACGGAGCCACAUGUGGGUGGGUCUCCUGCUGGGGCUGCUGGUGGCAUCCGUGGUCGGCCUCCUGCUCACCAUCCUCGCUCAGCGCCGUGAGAAGGAGACACAGUUCGGUUCUGUCUUUAAGUCUCCUGGGGAUGAAUCUUCUGUUUCCUUCACGGCGGCUCGUUCCUUCAGCCGAAACGUUUCAGAUCUUCAGGAGUCGACACUGGACAGUCUGGGUAUCAACAACGACCUGAAGUACAAACUGCAGGACGUCCUGAUCCCUGAGAGGCUGCUGACGCUGGGACACAUGCUGGGGAAAGGUGAGUUCGGCUCAGUGAGGGAGGCAUUCCUGAAGGCUGAGGACUCGUCUGUCCAGAAGGUGGCAGUCAAAGUGCUGAAAUCUGACAUCACCUCGUCAUGUGAUAUCGAGCAGUGUCUGAAGGAGGCGGCCUACAUGAAGGACUUCCACCACCCCAAUGUUAUCCAGCUAAUCGGAGUGAGUCUUCACCGCCGUCCUGGCCAGCGGCUGCCCAUACCCAUGGUCAUUCUCCCAUUCAUGAAACACGGAGACCUGCACACCUUCCUGCUGCUUUCUCGCCUGGGAGAGAGUCCGUUUGAUCUAUCUACGCACACGCUGCUGCGCUUCAUGUUGGACAUUGCUCGGGGGAUGGAGUAUCUGAGCAGCAGGAACAUCAUCCACCGGGACCUCGCUGCCAGGAACUGCAUGCUGGAUGAGAACAUGACGGUUUGCGUUGCAGACUUUGGCCUUUCUAAGAAGAUCUACAGUGGAGACUAUUACCGACAGGGAUCGGUUUCUAAACUCCCCGUGAAGUGGAUCGCCCUGGAGAGUCUGUCUGACAACGUGUACACGACUCAGAGUGACGUGUGGGCAUUUGGCGUGACCAUGUGGGAGGUGAUGACUCGUGGUCAGACGCCAUACCCUGGUGUGGAAAACUCUGAGAUCUACGAGUUCCUGAUCAAAGGAGAGAGACUAAAGAAACCAGCACACUGCAGGGACGAUAUAUAUGAGAUCAUGCACAGCUGCUGGAGUCCCGUCCCUAAAUGUCGUCCUAGUUUCAAACAUCUGGUCGACCAGUUGGAGGCGCUGUGGCUCAGUCUUGGCCCCACCCCCCCACUGAAGGAGCCCCUCCUGUAUGUGAACCUGGAGGGGGAGGAGCCUGUGGAAGGUGGAGGGGUCAGGGGUGUGGCUUGGCAGCAGAGGGUGGUUGAGCCGGAGGGAGAGGACUGGCUGAUGCUGGGGUCGGGGGCAGCGCUCGCCAUAGGAGGCGGAGACUACAGGUACAUCAUCGCCUCACCUGGUGGCCCCGAUGAGCAGCAGGGGGCAGGGCCUAUGGACACAUUACAAGAGGAGGAGGAUGUCAUCAUCAACGUCUGACCAGUCCAAGCACUACUACUGCUAUAACCUGAUUGGACCAGAGCUCCUGAGUCAGCUGAUCAGAGGGACAUUUGAUUUAUGUCUGUGGACAGCACUGUCGGGUGGAGACUGACCAACAAAGGAAUGGAGGAUGUGAGGGAGACAGAGCCAAAAGAAACGCAAACUAAACAACACCUUAGACACCAAUGGACUAAAAUACACAAACAUAAAUACACACUGCCAUAGACACCAAUGGACUAAAAUACACAAACAUAAAUACACACUGCCAUAGACACCAAUGGACUGAAAUACACAAACAUAAAUACACACUGCCAUAGACACCAAUGGACUAAAAUACACAAACAUAAAUACACACUGCCAUAGAUACUAAUGGACUGAAAUACACAAACAUAAAUACACACUGCCAUAGACACCAAUGGACUAAAAUACACAAACAUAAAUACACACUGCCAUAGACACCAAUGGACGAAAAUACACAAACAUAAAUACACACUGCCAUAGACACCAAUGGACUAAAAUACACAAACAUAAAUACACACUGCCAUAGACACCAAUGGACGAAAAUACACCAACAUAAAUACACACUGCCAUAGACACCAAUGGACUAAAAUACACAAACAUAAAUACACACUGCCAUAGACACCAAUGGACUAAAAUACACAAACAUAAAUACACACUGCCAUAGACACCAAUGGACUAAAAUACACAUGGUCAUAAACUGUAACUUUUAACUAACUUGUGGCUUCUUAGGACAGAGUGGUUUAGUUGAGGUCUGGUCGAGUUGAUAGGUCGACUUAUUUAAGGUAGAACUGUCUUCAAAGUUCUACUUAUGUCAUGAUUAAUCUGUUAGAAGGGUGGUCAUGUGGUCUCUUCUCGUAAACACUUUAGACGACUACAUUUGAAGACACUAUUAGACCAAACAGGAGUAGACGUCAUGAUUACAUCACAGCCUAAACACUAACAUUAUGAAGUCAGGAAAACAGCAGACAUUGAGGGAAUGAAAGGAGCAGACAGGUCGCUGGUACAGAGAGGGUAAAAUUGUGUGUGUCAUAGGAAGUCAGAGUAGGACCGAGAAAGAACAUUCCUGCGAAAUACCACCAUGGUAGACAUUCUAUAAGGACAAACCCACACAUCUAUUAUUCUAUAAACGCCAUCACCAGACCAGAAUGAACUAAAGAGAGGAGUUUAGACAAAGAAAAACUAGCUCAGUAUGGAGCUGUUUGACAUUACUGCUGGCUACGUGUUUAAAGCGUGACUGUGUUAUUGAGUGAGUGUGCCUUCUGUGUCCCUGUCUGUGGCUCAGCAGUACUCUGGUCCUUAAUCCACUAAAACCAUGUGACUGGUCUCAGUAUUCACCAUCCUGACAGAAAACUAAACUGGGUGAGUCAGGCUUAGAGUAAGUCUGCUGGGUCUCUCUAGUUCAGACUCUGGGUUUUUCUCUAGAGAUGUCCGUCUAUGCUGACUGUGUUGGUUUAGUUGGAUGCUUGAGCCACUGAUCUGACAGUGAACGACUAAGGAAACCUUAGAAGAUUGCUAACCUUUAGCUUAGCACUUUGAGGCAUUAUAUCUUCUGCGAACAAACUGCUCACAUCAAUAGAGAAGGAGACCACACACUCUAAAAAGAAAGACGGUCUUCACAACAGAUCACAGAAGUAGACACCUUAAAAAUGAAACAUCAGUAAGUGGAGUCACAGCAGAAGUACAUAAACAGUAACUGCAUUCUAAACUGACAACUACCUGAUACUUCCUGUUAGCUGUGUAUGUACUACAAACUACAUUCU